CUUUGCGUUCGUAACAUGACGUCACUGCGCAUGUGCUCAGGGCUGGGCAGCAUGGCGGUGCAGUGGAGGCGAUGCUGGAGGAGCAGUACAGGUGCUGCUGUCAUACUGGACUGGUGCUGCGGGAUCAGUGGAAGAGCUUUCAUUCAUGCGGCUUCAGCGGGCAGAGAAACAGCCGCUUCCAGAGCGGUGAGACAGGUGCUGAUUCGGGAUGGACCUGUUCAUCAUUUCUGCAAACCAAUGUCACUUUCUAGGAAUGUCAAUGUCAGGUAUAGGAAUAGAUAUCUCUUUCCAACACAGCGAGUGUGCUGUUGCAGUGUACACACUGAUACAAAGUUAAAAGAUCCUUUCUCACUUGUACAGAAGGACCUGCAAAAUUUAUAUGAAGACAUAAAGAAGGAGUUGUUUGUCUCCAAAGUUGAGCUGAAAGCACUGUGUGAUUAUUACUUUGAUGGGAAGGGAAAAGCAUUUAGACCAAUGAUUGUUGUUCUGAUGGCGCGAGCUUGUAACAUUCACAGCAACAAAGAGGGGGUGCUGCUGCCAGCACAGCGGUCUAUAGCUAUGAUCUCUGAGAUGAUCCACACCGCCAGCCUGGUGCACGAUGACGUUAUUGACGAUUCAGACACUCGCAGAGGAAAAAACACCAUUAACAGAGUGUGGGGAGAAAGAAAAGCUAUCCUGGCUGGAGAUUUCAUUCUAUCAGCCGCGUCUAUGGCUUUAGCACGUAUUGGGAACAAUACAGUCGUUUCAGUGCUGUCGCAAGUCAUAGAAGACCUCGUGCGAGGUGAAUUCAUGCAGUUGGGGUCUAAAGAGAAUGAAAACGAGCGAUUCAAGCAUUACCUUGAGAAAACCUUUAAGAAGACCGCAAGUCUCAUUGCUAACAGUUGUAAAGCAGUUUCAGUUCUGGUGAACUCUGAUCCUGAAGUGCACGAGAUAGCUUAUCAAUAUGGGCGAAAUGUUGGUAUUGCAUUCCAGCUUGUGGAUGACAUUCUUGACUUCACAUCAUGUGCAAAACGCCUGGGGAAGCCGUCAGCUGCAGAUCUCAAACUGGGCCUGGCCACUGGUCCUGUUCUGUUUGCUUGCCAGCAGUUUCCGGAGCUUCAUGCAAUGAUCAUGCGCCGUUUCAGCUCAGAUGGAGAUGUGGAUCGAGCCUGGCAAUAUGUCCUGAAGAGUGACGGUGUGGAACAGACUAACUACCUCGCCCAACACUACUGCCAAGAGGCCAUCCGUCAGAUCAGUCAGCUGCGGCCAUCAACAGAGCGAGAUGCACUGAUCCGACUGACCGAGCUGGUGCUGAGCCGGGACAAGUGAACCUGGAUCCAGUGCUCCAUACUCAGGCAGCUACACCUCUGCUGGGCCUCCACUCAAACAGAGAACAAAGAAUUAUUUAUUUAUGCCAUUGUUGCUGUAUAAUUUACCGUACUGUAAUCGCAGAGCGCCUGCUGUCCAAUCACAGAACCCUGAGCUGUGUCACCACUGCACGGGAUGUAUGACCGGUGCUGUUGAAGGAGAUCUACAGGAUCAUUGUAAUUCCAUGUGUCGCACAGAUUGAGGUGCUACUGUCAUGUGUGUGUCUAUGUGGAUCUGUUACAGAUAACAUAAACAUCCGUCCAAACUACAAGGGCCAAACAUCUUAGAUUUUAUUGAAAGAUGUUGUCAAUGUACUUAUCACAUCAAGUGCUCAAUAACUUUCAAGGCCUUACACCACUGGCUAUGUACUUAAAUAAAAUUAAAUAAGGUAUUUUUUAAAGUAAACAUCGAGUCUUGUUUUUCCAUUUAAGCUGUGACUUAGUGGUGAUCAGGAGUGCUUUGACAAAUUUAGCUGUUAUGCAUCACAUUCCAUAAAUGGGGUACAAAUUGGCUUCCAGUUACUUUUCUGUAAGAAAUAAUGGCACAAAUCCCAUGUUCCUUGAAUUCUAAGUACAUUAGAUAAUCUACUAUCUAACAUGUUACCAUAGCAUGAAAAGAAGCUGGUUUUAAACACAUUAAAUGUCUAAACUUGUGACACCCAGAUUGUAACAUUGUCAUUCAUUUGGACUCUUUCUACAGCAGGCAGGAAGUAAAUAAUCUCAUUUCAUUUUCUCA